AUGGAUCCGGCCCGCUCCCCCGCCAUACGCGGUGGCUUACCGGAUCGCGUAAGAUCAGAAUCUUCUAGAAUGGGCUCGGAUACUUUUUCUGUGCCACCGUGUGUUGACGUAUCAUCGCCUCCCAUGGAAAGUGGAUCGUCGAGCCUGUCUACACUGAGUCGGCAAGGUCUGGGUUUGGAUCCUAUACCUGGCUUUUCUGACUUGGACACGGGUGACACAUGGGUGUACCCAUUCAGUGCAUCAAACUAUUUGAAAAAGUCCAAUUCUAUACGCAGUGUACGCAGCCUGAAUGACUUUGAGGGCAAAUCGAUGACGCCACUCCCAAGUCCUCUCAUUCCUUCGCAAGAGCCUUCGGAAAAAAUGGAAAUGCGUCCCAAGGAUUCCAAAACAGAUGCUUUCUUCAACACCACGCCGUCAGUGCUCACUCCUCCCAAGCCCCCUCAAAGCAUUGCACGAAGCGCAAGCAGUCGCACCGCUGCUAAAACAGACAAAAGCAUGGCGCUAGAAGUCACAAGGCGCCGACAACGCGCCGUGAGCUCCCCACAACGGUUCGACGAUAACAACAGUGCGUCUCUCUCACCCCAAAAGAAUGGCCUAUUGACGGCACCCGGAGAAUCGAGCGCCUAUAACUCGCUUACGCCACAUUUCUCUGCACACCACCAUGGCAUGACGUCGCUAGAGUCAAAAGCUAGUUCACGGCACAUGCAUGGACCAUCAAUACACAUUAAUCCAGACAGUAUUAACCCUUGCAGUGACGAACCGGGAAUAUCACCGCAAGACGACGAGCCAAACAAAGUGAAUAAACAGCUGCUAAAGUCGAUUGAUUUUGUCACAGAGGAUGAGGAUGAGCAGGCGGGAAAGGUUGGACCGUAUAAAAUUAUUUCACUUCUGGGCACGGGUGCAUUUAGCAAAGUCCUUCUUGCGAAGCCCAAUGAUGGCUCCAGCAGUGUGUCCGUGGCGCUCAAAAUGAUUGCUUGCGAGCCUUGGAAAGUGGAUGAGAGAAUGCGUGUGAGUUGGGUUCGUGAAGCAGAGACUCUCAAACGCAUUUCACAUCCUAGUAUUGUUAAUUUUCUCCGCGCAUUUCGCACGCCUAAACACUAUACACUCGUGUUGGAAGCUGUGCCAGGUGAUGAGCUUUUUGAGCUUCUUUCACAACAUCAUGCGCAGGUAUCGCAACGCGAAUGGCUUGUGCGGCGAAUUUUCGGCGAGCUGGCCAAUGCUGUGCACUGGAUGCACAGCAUUCAUCUCGUUCAUCGUGACAUUAAAUUGGAAAACAUUAUGCUGACUAGAAAAUUGUUUGCCUCUGGAUCUUCCUUGGCACCUUGGACACUUGGGUCCACACCAUUGAUAAAAAUUACGGAUUUUGGACUAGCACGAUUUGUCAAGGAAGGCCAGUUGCUUGAAACUCGGUGUGGCUCCGAAGAGUACGCUGCACCCGAAUUGAUUUUGGGGAAAAUGUACGAUGGUUGUAAAACGGAUAUUUGGGCUAUGGGUGUUGUUCUGUACGCAAUGAUAACGGGUGCAAUACCAUUUUUGUCCCCUGGUCCACAAGAAACAACAGAAUCUAGUCAUAAUUCUUUCAAGGACUCAAGGGAGCGAAAUGACCGCGCAUAUACCGAUAGUGGCCGUGAACGCAAAGCGCAUCUCCUUCGCAUUGUUAAGUGUGAUUUGCAUUGGCCUGAAAAGAUCAAUAACACGUGUCAGGAUGUCCCUUCAGAUGGUGAGAAAUGGGAUUUCGAGCCUUCAAAUCGACUUGUUACGCCCCCCGCACAACGUAUAAUCACCCGCUUUCUUCGACGCGAUCCUAUCAAGCGGGUAUCCUGUCGUGAACUAUGGCAUGAUCCAUGGUUCUUAUAUGGCAGUUUUGCGCCGCCUAAUACCUUUGUUCCUGCACCCUACAAUGAUUCUAUGAUGCUCUGUUCAGCACAAGAAGCGAGUGCUAAUUUCUCUUCGAUUCCAUUGCCGUAUUUCCCUGAAGAUCCUCGCGGGAAAAAAUGGCUCGAAAUGAAUGCCAGCAGUACGAGAUGCACAGACUCUUAA